AAUUUUAAUUUCUAGAAUUUUUGGAAUUUUUAAUCUCGAAAGUCAUUAAUUUCUCAGCUCUGGUGCUAAUAUAUACAUAUAUUUAAUUAUUAUCAACCUGGAUCUGUCAAUUCCCAUGCAUGCAUAAGUCAGCUUUUCCACCACAUAUCUUGUCCAACCGAACCAUCAUCACGUUCCUAUCCAUAAUUUCAAGAAAUUAAAUCAAAAAGUGCAGAAAGUACAAUAAAUUAGUGAUAUGGAUUUCUUAUUUGAGGUUAGGAGAUUUGAUUAUGACCUAAUAGACUCGAAUACUUGGGCGACAAUUGGUGUGACCUUGAGUUUGGGCUUACUUUCAUGGUUAUGGAGCUUAGGAAAUUUGAAAUCCCCAGAAACUAUGCUCAACAAUUCACAACAAAGCGAAGUAUUGGCAGGAAGAAUGGGUGAGCUUAUGUCCGGUAUAAACUUGACUACCACUUACAUUCAACUAAAAUCUCUGGGAGGAGGUGAUGAGAAAAGCGUCGCGGACUACUUUUGGUCCGGGUUUUCCAAGAAUUUGGACCCCCUGGAGAUUGGACAUUAUGAAAUCAAAGUAGUGAUUUUGCCCCCUUCCUCCAGCAACAGAUCGGACGCGUCGAUCUAUUUUACUCAUGAUGACCAUUCUUUCGUUCUGAAAGGGUUCAAGUCGCACAUGGCGGAUGAACCCGCAUACCUGUGGGAAAUCGAUGGAUGCACAUUUCCGGUCCCUGUUCCAUUGAAAGCUUGGCUAGGCGUGUAUAAAAUUGCGGAAUAUAAUGCAACCCUUUUAUCACUUAAUUGGCCUUCCGGGUACACAUUGCAUACAAUUGCAUAUAAGUGUCAGCCUAAAGCACCGUUUUGGCCAACUUACGGUAUCGUCACUUCAAAUGUUUCCCAUGUUUUGGACUCCAGCCUAAAUAUUCUGCUAACGGCGAGGAUUUGAGACUAAAAUUGCUUAUCUUUGCUUCGUAAUUAAGCACUAACAAGGGACACUCAUGACCUGUCGUUUGAGUCCAGAGUACCCACUAUGUUUUUUAGAAUCUACUAGGACCCCAGAUGAAGGAUUCAUUCAUA